AUGUCGACCGACUAUUUCUCAGAACAGGAGGCUUACAUAGCCUCACAAUCGCUUCCUUCUCCUUCUGAUACACCAUACCAUACUCCCGUUCCGUCUGGAUCCCGCCGCUCGUCACGCUAUGGAACACCCUCCAGUGGUCCACCAUCGUCGCCUCCACCGCUUCCUCCGGAUAACCAGCGAACAUCAGAAGACGCAGUGGACGAAAAUAUCUCGAUUCUCGACCCGCGACGGUUUACUCCAACACUCCAUGCAUCGUUGGUCUCCGAAAUCCUUUCACUGCGUCGAGAAUUGGAUUCUAAACACAAGUUUAUCGAAGACCUGGAAACGAGCUUUGAGACAUCACGUAACGAAAUUGAGUCCUUGACAGAUAAGUUGACCCAAUCAGGGAAGGAGAGCCGGUCUACGAAACGACAUUUGCAGCAGCUGGAAAACGGCACGCUAGAAGCGCUGGAAGCGCUAGCCAAGGAACGAGACGAAGUUCGAGAGGCGAAUGCUGAUCUUAAAAAGAAGCUGGAAGCCUCCCAAAAGAAGCUGCGUACCCAGGAUGACGAUUCGGCUCGUGUUCAUGAUAUGUGGUCAAGAGACAAGGAGACUUGGGAUGGCGAGAAACGCUUAUUGGAGCGGCGCGUCCAUAUCUCUGAAAGUCGCCUGAAGAUCAUACUAGAGGAACUCGCUGCGCAAGACGCCGCUCAAGAAGACCAUGGCACGGACAGUGAAGGGGAAGAUAACACUAGGGAUAGUGGUGUUGGCCAUGAGAGUGACACUGCAAGUAUACGCUCCUCGCCCCGCCGACGAUCGUCGAGUCGAACCGGAAGGCAUUCGCGGAACCUCAGCAACAGUAGCCACCGGAGUCUUGGACGUGCCUAUCGAUUCUCUUUAAUGUCUGGUAUUGGUUCAGAGGGCCACGCGCGUCUCAAUGGUAUGAGUCUUGCCGACGAAUUGAUCUUCGACGAGGAAGAGGAGGAUUUGGGCGACCUAGAACUCGACUCCGACGACUUUCCCGAGAACGAGAUGCGUGCCAGGCGAGCGUUGGAGUCCCGCCAGUCAAUGUACCCAGACGAGAAGGCAAAGCGGAUACUUGGACUUACGAUGGAGAACAAGGAGGGUGGGAUGGAAGGGAAGGAGGCGGAGGUUUCGAAGCCAGUCGAACCAGUUGCUAGGAUUGCGGAGACAGCGACCGUACGAGAGGUCACACUUGUCACAAUGCCUCCAAAGCGUCAGUAUGUGGACACAGGGAUACAAUUCUCUCCACCGCCUUCUCCAACGUCUCCAGAGUCUAUCUCUCCCAGAAAGACCAUCGAAUCGCCUGUUCCUUUGUCAGACAUUGAAGCAAACCAAAGGAGAAAACGAGUUUCGGCCGCAUCACCUGUUUCAAACAGUUCGCAGUCCAUAAAUGGCGAAAAAGCAGCCAAUUCUGUGACUUCGACCUCGUCUCAGACGUUGGAACAACCUCUAAGCCCACCGGCAACACCUAAAAUUCCAAUACCCGCGUUGCUUCAGAGUCCUACUGCACCUGAGUUCACAGUGGACUACGCUUCGAUAUCCACACAGACAGAUAUCUCGGAUGAGCCACCCAGAAUCCCGGUGCCACCUCGAUCGCCGAGUCGACCGAUGCCUAUCACAGUUCCAUCUAUUGCAAUCCAUCCCCCACUUUCCGCGCCAACAUCCCCGAAAGAGCCCAUAUUACCUCCUGGCACCAAGAAUGCAUGGUCUCAGACUACCGGACAGCUUAACGUACCCACCCGUUCUAUCUCCAUUCAAACAGAGGAGAUUAGGGUUGAUAGAAGGCCUGUCAAACUACCCCCUCACCUUCUGCCUUCGGCCAUCUCAUCCAAACCUGGGACACCGGAACCCGAUAGGACGCGGCCUGAACCAACUAUCGAUCGGCCUGACACCGAAGCUCCAGUUCCAGCACCUUCUGUCUCUGCCAAUAGACACGGAAAGGCUCCUGCUUUGCGGCACACGCAAGAUCUAAAUACCCUCCUGAGCAAAGCAUCGGAGCCCGCGAUUGAGGACCGAUAUCCAGGGAACAAUGACAACGGCCCUCUGGCACGUGAUAAAGAGGAUGGUCUGCGACGGCCAUUCAGGACCAGCAGCCUUUUUGCAGGGUUUGACGGCGCGAGUUCUGACGAGGAAAACGAUGCUGAAAAUAGCGAUGAUGAUUAUAGAAUACCUCAGUACUCGAUGAUGUCUAGUCGAGCAGUAAAGCAUGGUCGGCUAUUUAACAACCCGCCAACCCCAGUUCCUGAGGAUAAAGAGGUGAUUUCAAGCUCGCGGAUUUCGGAGGAUUCUACCGGUACGGGUAGGAUGUACUCCUCUGGUCGCAACUCUUUGGAAAAGUCCUCUAAGAUUGCAAAACCUUUGAGAGCUUCAGGCAUUACCCGACAGCCAAGUAUUCGACGAUCAGCAAUGAUCCAAAAUGGUACUGUUGCUCACUACCAGCGAUCUCGCAGCCCUAGUAUUGGCAGUAUUGGUUCCAGCACGUCUGUUCCCAAACCGCCAUUUCCAGUCCCGACGAGAUCGAGUUCUCGACGUAUUCCUCUGAGUAAGAGUGAAGGAUCUCAGAGCCCGACGCCACGGAGUGGCGGCAUGUUUGCCGGGAGACGACCCCCUCAAGGAGCCAAACACCAACGAAAGGACAGCCUGAGGAAAAUUCGAUCUGCAGCAGUGAUACCGAGAAAUGGACGGCAAAGAAGUCGAUCACCUCCACUUCCUGCUACCCCAGUACUUCCUCAGAGUCCUCAAAUUCCACCGCUUCCGAAUGACAUGAUUACAGGUCAACGAUUUGGCCACCAACACCAGCUCUCUACAAACACUUCCAACACUGGAAACGGCUCGGUAGCCAGCUCAGCACAGCAAACCAGCGUGGUCGACGCCAUCGCAGCUACCAUGGUUGGUGAAUGGAUGUGGAAAUACGUUCGAAAGCGAAAGACCUUCGGUGGCCCCGACUCCCCACAGGAUCUAGGACGUGCUGGUGAUGAUGGCUCAGUCAUGCCGGGCAACGGUAUCCGGCACAAGCGUUGGGUAUGGCUCUCGCCCUAUGAGCGGUCAGUCAUGUGGAGCAGUAAGCAGCCUACGUCAGGCACCGCUUUGCUAGGGAAAAGUGGUCGGAAGUUGACCAUUCAAUCUGUCCUCGAUGUUCCAGACAACACUCCCCUGCCCAAGGGCGCGGGGCUCAACUCGCCAGUAUUCAAUCGUUCCAUCUUAAUCCUCACGCCAGCCCGAGCUCUCAAAUUCACUGUCGUUUCCCGAGAGCGUCAUUAUCUAUGGCUGACGGCACUCUCAUUCCUUGCUCACUCUUCCUCUGGAGUACCUGAACUAGGGCCUAUCCCGCCUGUACCGCCACCGGUUGAGGAUCUCCCACAACAGCGAAACCAAGGUGCUUCGCUACGUCGCGCUCACAUAAGAGACUCUGUUCGUCUAGCUAAAGAUAAAGCGAUGCCACAAAAUCAACGACAGUACGGAGCCCGAGCUGAUCCGAUUCACGAAUGGUUUGGAGAAUCUCAAUUCGAUAGACCUGUCGCGGACGCGGCAGAUCCACCGAAUGUCCCGCGAGUAGGCUUCCAUGGCCGUAAGAGGAGCUCCACCGGACCGCGCGCUCCUCCGCCUAACGCGGCCUUCCGCAACUUCUCUCAUAACCCUGUCCCAUCUACAUACUCCACCGGCUCGUCAGAUCUAUAUGGACCACCGCCGUCGGUUCCCUCAUCUGUAUACAACCCUAACAGUGUCAUGGGGAGUUCUCGAACGUCAGAAGCAAGCAGCUCCGCCCGCCACAACUUCUUCGAUGCCGUAGGCACUGUUAGAAUGGAGGCAUUUGUCGAGCCAAUACUUUCGGAAGGAGCGGCAUACGGAAUGCCUACUGGACCGAAACCCCGUCCUGGACGUCGGAGAGGUAACAGCCAGUGGAGCGGCAGCACAGACCCUCACCGCACUGGAGGCUUGUAUGAGGACUCGCAGGAUACCUACGACCCUUUCCGCAACUUUUGAGAAACACUCAUGUCAUUUUACCACAAAAGUUUUUACCCAAAAGAUCUCAAUCCUUGCUCAUCAAAAGCGGCUGUAGCAUCUCUCUUUGCCUGUUUUCUUUCCCCCAUUCGUUCGACAUUUCAUAAAGUCCCGGGUAGCGGCGUUUGUACUGGUACAGGCUUUGGGGGAACUCGGAGGAGUUGGAUGUACUAUUUCGAUCUGUAACCAUCCCUCUUGUGUCAAAGAGGCUAGAAGCGGCCUGCUCAGACAACCUGGAUUUCCUGUUGUACCUUUUCGCUUAAUCACUUCAGUUGCUCUGCAAGCAUGCAUUUUAUGCGAUUGCUAGCAUUUAUUAGCUCAAGUUUGGAUACCCUUCCGGAUGCCAGAUCUUGGUUACACCAGCAAGGUUCUUCUUUUGGCAGUGCUUGUUGUAUAUAGCUAUAUUUCUCGGAGUAGAACGAAUGCGCCAUGAUAGAUGUCAUGUGGUAGCUAUCACAAACCACCAGUAUCGAGUUCAUUAU